UCACAUACAUGUCUGAAUAAUUUUUGGUUUGACUUUAUAAAUAUAUAAAUAUAUAUGGUUAGAAUAUAAAUAAAAAAUAUAUGUAUUUAUUCUUCACCACUUUUGUGGACUACUUAGAAUUGAAAAUGAUGCCGUUGUUUCCAUGUUGUAUCGUCUUUUGCCAAGACAUUCAUCCUGCUUUACGCGUUUUCCGUGAUGCGAACACGUAUUUUGUCACGCUGAGCUAAACAAAACCUGAGUGGUUUUCGAAUAGUGGGGCAGUUACCGCUCAUCGGACACCAUGAACCGGGCACUUCGAAAGUCUCAGUCUCUGCGCAGCUGUUCGGUCCUCGAGGUGAAAAGUAAAUUUGGUGCAGAAUUCAGGAGGUUUUCCCUGGAUCGCUGGGAGCCUGGCAGGUAUAAAGACUUCUACAGGCUUAUUGUGCGUUUGCAUCACCUAUGGCAAAUGGAUGUCCUAAUCGGCUAUGCGGAUGUCCAAGGAGAGCUGUUGCCUAUCAAUAAUGAUGACAACUUUUGCAAAGCUGUGACCUCCACACAAUCUUUACUGCGUAUCUUCAUUCAGCUACAAGAGGAAGCUGAUCAGGAUAACGCAGGUGCUGAUGAUGCAACAAAGCGAAAGAAACCUGUCAGCCACAGAAAACCAACCUUUCAGAUCAGCAUGCCACAGAACUUCCGUCCUGUUUCUUCCAUCAUUGACGUGGACAUCAUACCAGAAUGCCACCGAAGAGUGCGUCUGUAUCGCCAGGGCUCGGACAGACCUCUGGGCUUUUACAUUCGUGAUGGUACUACAGUCAGGGUUACUCCUUACGGUCUGGAAAAGGUUCCAGGAAUCUUUAUUUCCCGCAUAGUACCUGGUGGACUGGCGGCGUGCACGGGACUGCUAGCCAUUAAUGAUCAGGUCCUGGAAGUGAAUGGUAUUGAUGUUAUGGGGAAGACUUUGGAUCAGGUAACCGACAUGAUGAUUGCCAACAGCCACAACCUCAUCAUCACAGUGAAACCUGCAAACCAGCAUAACAACAUAAGGCGGAAAAGCUGCAGUUCCUCAAGCUCGGGACACUAUUUUGAUAGUAUGGACUCUGUAAGCUACCCAGGGUUACCUAUGAUAAUGAAAGCUUAUGGUUUAGGUACUGGCUCUGAGAGCGAAGAGGAUGCAGACGUGGUUGUCGAGAGCCCCAUCAAACACCUGUCCCGGCAGUUUGGUGCUUCAACCGCCUCUCGUUCUUCUCAGCCACAUGUUAAUACUUCCUACAGGCCCCAAGUUUCUGCCAGACGGCCUGACUCGCUCAUUUCAGCCGCGUCCUAUCACUCUCAGCCUUGCCUGACCUAUACAGCUCACACUGACCACAGACUCCCUCUUCACAGGAAUCUGAGAGCCAAGCAGCAUUAUGGGUUUAAUCCGGCCAUCAGACAGGAAAGCUACAGUACCCAUGACAUUCUAAACACGUGGCAUGUUGAUCUGAGUCGCCAUUUACUGUUGCCCCAGGGGGCAAUGGAGGAAGAUGGAAUUGUUGUGAUUUUAUAAAAGAUAAACCUUCUGAAAUGACACCACCCAUUUUAAACUUUGAAAUGACUUUGUGUACAUAGAAUUCUUUUGCAUGUCAUGUGCAUGCAUUACUUGCAGGUCUUGCAAGUUUUUACUGAUAGCUUUUAAGGUUACUAUAGAUUCUAUAUGUCAAAGUAUAGUUUUUGUUAUACAUCAUAAAAAAUGUUUUUAAAAAACGUAUAAUUCACCAUAAAAAUGAAAAUUCUGUCAUCUUGGACUCACCUUUAUGUCUUUCCAAACCUGUAUGAUUUU